ACUGUGAAAAUAGGGCAGCAUUCCAACUUCAACCAUCUUAGUCUUGGUUUAUUAAUUUCAUUAAGAGUAAUAUUGAAGUCUUGCAGAACAAGAAUCAACCUUCUGCCGCUUUGGAGAAUUCAGAAUGUGAGAGCAGCACUUUUAUACCAUGUCUUUUCUAAAAGCAACCAAAACAUAAUCCAUAAUCUUUAACAGUCAGCCAUGCAUGCACCUUUAUUUUCCUUGAUGAGCCACAGCUGACUCAUGCAACGAAAAGUUAAGAUCAACCUACCAUUUUAAUCCCUUUAAAUACCUACGAAAACUACAAAGUCUGAUCAACCCAAGUAGCAUUUCUUCCUUGUAUUCUGAUAGUGGAGAACGUUUGAAACCCCUUCCCGCACACAAUUACCAGCUGUUCCAAUUAGAUUAUAAGUGAACUUUUGCGCUAUAUUUCAGACAUGAACAUCUCACUUCAGGAACUUGUUCUUGGAAUGCCAAUCAGCUCAGCAGCCUACAGACUGGAUAGGCCACAGAAGAGAUACUUACCUGAUCCUGCUAGUCAAUACCAUAUUCCAUCACUCAAAAGUAGUGCAGAUUCAGUGCUUAAUAGGAAGAACAAGCUUAGUAAAAAGGGAGACAGUUUUGUGCAUGGAUUCCGAGAGCAUGUGAGACAUGGGCCCAAGAUCUCCGAAACUGUGAAAGGGAAGUUGAGCUUGGGGGCUAGAAUUCUUAAAGUAGGUGGUAUGGAUAGAGUCUUUAAGCGGUUCUUCAGCGUUAAAGAAGGAGAGAAAAUGUUGAAGGCUUCCCAAUGCUAUUUAUCAACCACUGCUGGUCCUAUUGCUGGCCUCCUCUUUAUCUCCACGGAAAAGGUUGCAUUCUGCAGUGAGAGAUCAAUGAAAAUCUCUUCUCCAGAUGGAAAGAUGAUAAGAAUCCAUUACAAGGUCUUGAUUCCACUGAGGAAGAUAGAGAAAGUUGAUCAAAGUGAGAAUGUCAAGAAGCCUUCAGAAAAGUACAUGGAAAUAGUUACAGUAGACAAUUUUGACUUUUGGUUUAUGGGUUUCUUAAAUUAUAAGAAAGCUUUCAGGCAUCUGCAGGAAGCAAUUUCACAAGCUUAGAGGAAUUACUAAUCACUCGAGAAGCAGAAAUGGUCAUUCCCAUCUGCUUCAGAGAUAUAUAUUUUAUGUACAGUUAGGAAAACUUCAAAUGAAAUUUCGGGCAUUGUUUUAAAUUUUGUGGUGACAAAAUGCUGAUCUCUGACUCUUCACAACCAUCGGCUUAACAAUUAAGAGACAAAAAUCAGAUUCUGCUGUGGUCACUGUCAAUUUUGUGAAAUAUUAAUCCUUUUGUUUUUCAUUAAUCCAUGAUGACAAUGAAGGCUGAAUCCGUUUUUGCCCCUUGGUUCAAAUACUGGUAAUCAAUCUAGGCUCAACCUAUGACAAGUGAAAAGGGCUAAUACAUAAACCCU